AUGCCUAUGAUAUACAAGAGGUUUACAGACAAGACCGCCGAAGAAUGGAGGCAGAUUUACAAGGCUCUUCAACUAUUGGAAUUCCUAGUCAAAAACGGAUCAGAACGAGUGGUUGACGACGCACGAUCACACCUCUCCUUGAUCAAAAUGCUCAAACAAUUCCACUACAUUGACCAAAAUGGUAAAGACCAGGGCAUAAAUGUACGAAACAGGGCUGCCGAGUUAGGCAAGCUACUGAGCGAUGUGGAAAUGAUCCGAGCUGAGCGCAAGAAAGCAAGAACUAAUAGAAACAAAUACGGAGGGGUCGAAGGUGGUGCCGGAAUUGGAGGUGGCUUCUCAAGCAGUAAUAGCAGAUAUGGUGGUUUCGGCAGCGAAACUGGCGGCUUUGGGGGCGGCGGACAUACGGGAGAGGUCUAUGGCGAUGGUGGUGGAUUCGGUGGGGAGGAUCCCGAGCUAAGAUUCCAGAGUACCCAACGUAGAGGCGAUGAUUUCGAAGAAUAUGACGCAGGAGACUCCGAAGAAAAAUCUGCCCCAAAAAGAACGAUCACGACAAGACCUGCAAGCAGUGUGAAGCAAAGCCAACCAACAGUACAGAAGAAGAAAGAGCCUGAGAAGGACUUGUUCAGCUUCGAUGACGAGCCCGCGACAAGCUCGAAACCUACCACUAGCACCGCGGCUGUACCAGCGAUGGACAAUUUUGGUACACUCCAGAACGCCACGACUACUGAAGAUGACGAUUUUGAUGACUUCCAGAGCGCUGUUUCUCCAGCGCCACAGCAGAUAAGUACAAAUCCUUUGUCCGCCCUGUCGUCUCCCGCACGAUCAGGCCCGACAUUAGCAACCACUUUUGCGGCACCCCAACCAAUCGCUCCUCCACAGAUGAACACGAUCCUCUCAUCGCCUUCGCCAACGCCAUCGGCCACUUCUUCCAUCGCGACGACGUCUCAAGUCACAUCUCCCAUAUCGAAACAGAAAACAAUGCAGCCAGCUGGCGGCUACAAACCCACCGGACCUAACUAUUUUACUUCUGUUCGAGCUGACAUUAACACACCGCCUGCUAGCCAAUCUGCUGCUAAAAACUCUGCUUUCACCACCAGAUCGGCCUCCACAGCUUCAGGCACAGCCUUCUCCUCCACUUCGGGCACCAGUAUGGCUGCUUUGGGCAAACCUACAACAAAGCCUGCUCCCUCGUCCAAUGGAGGUGAUGCCUUCGGAUCCUUAUGGAACACAGCAAGUACAAAAGCAGGCGUCGCACAAAAGACGGCACCAGGCAAAGGACCAGGUCUAGCAGCCCUGCAGAAAGAGAAAAGCUCUGCUGGCAUAUGGGGUGCACCAGCUGCGAGUUCUUCUACGACCCCUCUUUUAACUGCUUCUCCUUUGAGUCCACCUCCAAACCAGAAACCACUAGGUAACGGCCUGGACGAUCUUCUAGGGUAG